UUCGGACAUGGCCGCUGUAUCGGCAAUACAACACCUGCAAUGUUUUGUAUAUUCAAAUUCAUUUUUUAUAAUGAAUAGAGAGUUUUUUACUUAUAAGUAGUGAUUAGUGGCUUGUAUAUAGUGCUGUGAUAUUUGUAAUGGAUGCAGAGAGCGAGUACGAAAUAAAGAGAGCUCGUGAUGCAAUACAGAUGAUUGAGACCAUUCAGUCUAUGAUCGACGUUUCAGCGGAUAGGCUUGAAGGUUUAAGGACACAAUGUUCUACGAGUGCGGAGCUUACACAGCAGGAGAUCCGAACGCUGGAGGGCAAGCUGGUAAAGCACUUCUCUCGGCAGCUGGUGUUCAAAGCGCAGUUCGGGGAGGAGCUGCAGAGAGAGUUGGGCGACGUGCCCUGUCUGGCGCAAUGGCUUCGAGUCGUCGGUCUCAGUCCACAUGCCAUCGAGGCGGUAUGUUCCCGUGUGGCGACGUUGGAGGCGCUACGCGAGCGCUCCGACCACGAGCUCCGCGCGUUGCUGGCGGCUGCACGGGACGAGGAGCUGCGAAGGCUUUGCCGCGCCAUGCAACGCCUGCGCACCUAUACAGAGGCGCUUGCCAGAGGAGAGGGCGCUGCAGAGCUGCCUCUGUACUGGGAUUCUUGGGAGAGACACGCGCGCUCCUCGCCCAGACCAAGAAAAGGCGGCAAGUCCCCAACAACUCCGGUGAGCAAACGCAAGCAGAAUUCCCACCUGCCCGCGCCCGCCGCCCUCACAAAGUCCCGCUCGCACGAGUCACAGCUCUCCGUCAGACCUGACGCCUCAGACCUCAGUGACAACAGUCAGUCUUCAGCGAGGGACGGUACGGAGGUGUCGGAGGUGGUGGAGGUGGCGGAGGGCAGCCCUCCCGGCUCGCCGCGUGACGACGACACGCCGCAGCGCAUCGCGCACGUCCUCUACCACCCUCACCACCCUCACCAUCCCCCCGCGCACUGCAACACCAUAUCUGGUACGGGUACGACGGCGCCGCGUUCCCCGCGCACGCCGACGGUGGGCCGCUGUAUGGCGCACGACAUCGCGCACCGCUUCACUAAGACUUUCAAUAUGAUCGCUACCUGCGACUACUGCGAUAAGCAAAUGCUAUUCGGCUCCGGACUCAAGUGUAAAGAGUGCAAGUUUAAGUGUCACAGAGACUGUGAGAGUAAAGUUCCUCCGUCGUGUGGCUUGCCUGCCGGCUUUGUUGUAGCGUUUAAAGAGAAAUUUCAUAAAGACGCUGCAGGCGGGACCUACCUGUGUCCGUCGCCGAGCGGUAAGAGCGCUGGCUUCCUGUCUUCACUCACCAGCCGUCCCCGGCGACGUCGGCAGCCGCCGCAGCCUCGGCAUUACUCUUUUUGUGUGUACCAGGGCGGGCCGGACUCGUCUUCGAACACGUCAUCGUGUAACAGCUCCACGCCGUCGUCGCCUGCGCUCGCCGCGCCCGCCACGCCGCAGCACGCGCACGCGCACGCGCACGCACACACGCAGCCGCACGCGCACGCGCACGCGCAUACCAACAACAAGCAACAGUUCCACUUCCCAGAAGUGAAGCCGCCGGUUUCGAGUCCGAACCAUAAUUCAGUUGUGCAGUCGCCAGUGAGACCCGCGCCUGAUAACAAAGAUGAUCUCACCUCUAGUAUUAAAAGUGAGCGGUCGCGUCACGUGUCACUGAGUGGGUCGGGGUCCACGGACAGCGGCGGCGCGCGCGCUGACUCGCUGGACCUUAACUCGCAUGACUCGCGCUGGCCUCGACAGAAUUCAUUGUCAAUGAAGGAAUGGGACAUCCCGUACGACGAGCUGAAGCUGUUCGAGGUGAUAGGCGCGGGGAGGUUCGGCACCGUGUACCGCGGCAGCUGGCACGGCGCCGUCGCCGUCAAGCUGCUGCAUGUGCACUCGCUCAGCGACCACUGCGUGCAGCUGGACACCUUCAAACACGAGGUGGCGACGUUCCGCAAGACCCGUCACGAGAACCUGGUGCUGUUCAUGGGCGCGUGCAUGAAGCCUCCCCGGCUGGCCAUCGUGACGUCACUGUGCAAGGGGAUGACACUCUACACACACAUCCAUCUGCGUAAAGACAAGUUCACAGCCAACAAGAGCGUUAUCGUCGCACAGCAGAUAUCACAGGGUAUGGGAUACCUCCACGCGCGAGGCAUCCUCCACAAGGAUCUCAAGACAAAGAACAUAUUCCUAGAGAACGGGAAAGUGGUCAUCACAGAUUUUGGUCUGUUCAGUGUCACCAAGCUGUGUUUCAGCAACAACGCGCGCGGCGACAGCCUGGGCAUCCCGCCGGGCUGGCUGUGCUACCUGGCGCCGGAGCUGGUGCGCGCGCUGCGCCCGCACGCCUCGCUGCAUCUGCCCUUCUCCAAGUGCACCGACGUGUACGCGUUCGGUACUGUAUGGUACGAGCUGCUGUGUGGAGAGUACCCCUUCAAGGGUCAGCCACCCGAAGCCAUCAUCUGGCAAGUGGGCAAAGGCGUCAAGCCCUCGCUCGCCAACAUGCAGGCCUCCAGAGAUAUUAAAGAUAUCCUGAUGCUGUGCUGGUCGUACCGGUCAGCGGAGCGGCCUGACUUCCCUCACCUGCUGUCCACGCUGGAGAAGCUGCCCCGCAAGCGCCUCGCGCGCUCCCCCUCGCACCCCGUGCAUCUCUCACGGUCCGCGGACUCCGUCUUCUGAGGGCGAGCCUGCCGCGCUCAGGCACACUCACAGUCCACACCUAUACCUAGCGUUAAUUGACAAUUAAUAGCUUAAGUCACCUCACUAUACGUCCUCACUGAGGAACGGAGACUACUAAGUUAGAGGAAAUGUAACAUAAAAAACGUUCAAAGUAAAUGUCAUGUUUGAAAUGCUCAAAUGAAAGAAUGCCCUUGCUUUUGGCUAAAUUAAGUAAUCAUGGCAACUGCUUCUUUACUACUACUGAUUUAAUUUUUGUCCUGUUUUCAACCGCAAAGUUUAACAUGAAAAUAAGCAAAUUAUCAAUUGCAUGACAAUCACAAAGCAUGGCAACCUUGCUUCCUUAAUGUUGGAAGCAACUUAUGGUCUCUUUCCCACAUUAUGGUUGUAUCCCACAUUGUGUUGGUCACAGAUGGAAAACCACUUAUGGCUUUUAUUCAAAAUGUUUACCCCCUAAGUUGUGUGAAAAUAUAUAGCCUAAAGCGUGACGUAAGUGUAGGGCUUUUAUU